AUGUCAGCCUCCAGCCUACAGGCAUCGUAUCCGACCGCAGAAGAGGCCAUCGAGGCUCUCAAUGCCCAACAAGCCGAGAAGGGAUUUGUUGCAGUCAAAUGCGGCGGCGGUUAUUCCAGGCGCACCGGGCUGAGGAAUAACUACAGGUUUCAGUGUCAGCAUAGCGGCAGCUAUAGGCCAAAUAAGAAUAAUUCGAACAUCUACAAGACCUCGUCAAGGAAGGGCCAAUGCCCGUUCAGAGCCCAGAUUCGCCUAAACACUCACGAUAAUACCUGGACCCCCAUAAUCAAUGAAAGCCGACACAAUCACGACCCGGUCCCCUCGCCUUUAGAUUCAAGCAUCCUACGGCUUCGAAGUCAACAGAACUUCGGCCUGCAAGAAAUUCAGACAAGGGUUGAAACCCUGACUAAUCUGAAAACAUUCACGACAAAGCAAAUCGCAGCACAAAUCAUGCAGCAAUGCCCAGAUGUUUACAUCACCAGCAUGGAGGUCUUUUUCAUCCAGCGUCAAUUACGCCUCUCAAAGUCUAGCGAAGUUGAAAAUAGUACGCAAACGCCUGCAGCCUCAGCAACUCGUGCUGGGCCUGGACGUCGCGGCCGCGCGCAACGAAACACCCUUCCAGACCUCGUUUCGCGGGUCGAUGCCCUUGCGAAUAUCCUCACAAGCUCACAACAAGCUGCAUCAAGUUUACAGCAACAGAUUAACGCCCUUACGAAUAGCCUCACAACCUCACAGCAGGCUACAUUGAGCUUGCAGCAACACAUUCAUACUCUUGCGAAAUCACAACCAAGCGCAACUACCGCAACGCAAGCCUCGCAGGCAGAGGAGAGCAACGUUGCAGCAUCGCAGUCAACAGAAGUAGAUUUGACGGGUGCUGCACCCAUGACACCAAUACCACACCAGUCAUUCUUUGGCGACCAAAACAACGAGGCUUCUAAUCAGCUUGAGUUUGUUCCGUACGAGCCGACAGCCUGA